GUUCUGGCCGUCUGGGUGACCGGGCUUGGGGCGGACGAUUCGUCCGUCAAACGUUUUAGUUAAUAUCAUUGUCAGUUCGAUGUUAUUGUGAAUGUCGCGCCGUGUGAUACACCAAGAGAUGAUAUCCGAAAAGGAACUUAAAGAAAUUUCAAAGUUUCAUUUUUGACUUUUAAUAAUGCCUAACAGCCAUUUCAAUGUUUUAUUUCUUGGCAACGUAGUUUGACUAUACCGGAAGACUCUUAUAAAUGAUAUAAUUAACUCAAUGAACUCCAAUGGCAUAUCAAACGGAGCAGAACAAACAGAAGACGAGACACACAAAUCCUUACCAUAUAAAACGACCUAUGAACGCCUUCAUGGUAUGGUCCCGGUUACAGAGGAAGAAAAUAUCCAUAAUGAACCCGAAACUCCACAACUCGGAAAUAUCAAAGCGCUUAGGAUUAGAAUGGAAGGGUCUAGACGAGACCGCUAAGAGACCUUUCAUCGACGAAGCUAAGAGACUAAGAUUGAAACACAUGCAGGACUAUCCCGAUUACAAAUACCGGCCCAGGAGGAAGAAUAGACCUGACGUAGCGUACACAAGCGAUCCGGCUUACAGCAGGGAGAUGUUUGUAGAGGUGGAGCCAAGGACGACAGAGUCCUACCAAAUACCAUUGUCGUACGCGGAUCCGCUUACAUACAAUAACAUGAUAACUUACACUGUACCUUCGUUACCACAGCCGACCUACGUCCCCAGGUCGAAGGAAGAUAAUCUAUCGAGAAUAGACUUAAGCCCGUUACCUUCAAUUGAGAGUAUCUCCCCAAGACCGUUCGCAGUCGUCAGCCAGCAGAUGAUGGUCAAGGCGUACCAGGACUUGCAGUAUGUCGGAGACGUUCCGAGGAUAUCUUACCAUUACCCAUUCGGGGUCCAGUAGAAUGAUUAUCCGGACAGGCAGUUUAGUGGAAACUGAUUUUAACAGGUGCAAUGAUUCGUGAGCUUGGUAUUUCUGGAUCUGUAAUAAUCGAACAGAAUCAUGGGAGAUAAAGUGUCUAGGGGUAUGCUGUUUUUGUUAUUGUUAUAUGCACUAUGUAUUAAAAUACGUAUUAACAUAAUUAUGUAGAUAUUAAAGAAAAAGUUGAUAUU